UCUUUCAUAGUGUGCUCCAGCUUUUGGCACAAGUCCUGCUACUUCAAACGUUAUGGAAAACAGUCAUCAAUGGAUACAAGUUCAGAAGAAGAGCUGUCAGAUGAGGAAUACAUACCACAGUCUGAGUCAGACAGUCAAUCAGAUAGUUCAGGAGAAUUGACAACAAGAACAGAAAGACAGGAUCAAGCUAAUCACCCCUCACAAUUACAGAAGGUGGUCCCCUAUAAAUCUAGUUCAGAUGUAUCCCUCCUGGAUUUAUGCCAAGUCAAAGGAAAGCAAGUCUUAAAGUCCAGGGAAGCCGAGUUUGACUUACAUUGUCAUGAAGAGGAUCUUGAGCGAGAUAGUGACUCAGGUUCAGAUUUGAGCAGGGUAACGGAUGUGGUGAUGGCAUCUCCCUCAUCAGUCAGUGAAGAGGCCUGUAGUGUGCAGUUUAUGAAUGCAGCAGAUGGGAGUAAGGUGCAAGAGAAAGGGCAAUCAACCAACAUGCUUGAAGCAGAUCAAUGUGUGCAGUCAUCACAAAUCUCCUGUUCAGCAAACAGUAAGAACUACUGUUACAUCUGUGGGAAACCCCAGUCCAAGUUAGCACGCCAUCUGAAAACUCAUACGUCUGAACUUGAAGUUGGAAAGGCACUGUCUCUCCCAGUCCACUCAAAAGAACGCAAAGCGAUGUUUCAAAAACUCAGAAACAAAGGCAAUUAUCAGCACAACACUGAUGUUUUACAGAGGGGAGAUGGGGCUCUUAAAAUGAAAAGGGCCCCAAAAAAAGAAAAGGAUGCUAAAGACUUUGUGCAUUGCAUGUACUGUAAGGGGAUGUUUGUACGGAGAGAUUUGUGGCGUCAUUUGAGAAGAUGUCCCUCAAAACCAAGGGAUGCUUGUGAAGAGCAAGGGAGGACCAGGGUUUUGGGUCUGGCAACUAUGGCAGAGUCUACAUUCAGCCAGCAGAUAUCUCAAGGAGUGUGGAAGCUUUUGGGUGUGAUGAAGCAAGAUGACAUUUCUGUUGUUGUUAAAAAUGACUGGAAUAUUCUUCAGCUUGCACAGUCGUUCUUUAACAAACAUGGACAUGACCCAACAAAGUUUGAGUACAUCUGA